CGCCAUUGGUGUUUAAUGCUGCAGCCCUCCAGCCGCUCCUGUAGAUUUCAGCUAAGCAGAGACCAGGAAAGCUUCCUGGUUGAGGUCAUCUUUGGAGUGCAGCAAGGAGACUCAGAUAUCUUUGUGGGCAGCCAGCCUACAGAAGUAGGCAUCCCAAGCACAACGUGGCUGGAGACUUACGCCGUGGCAGAGGCAAAAUUCUUCAGGCACAUUUCCAGGCAGGCCCCUCGUGACAGCUGGCACUGCAAGUGCCUGCAGCUCCUCAGCCGCAUCCUGGUGGGUGUAGGUUUCUCCAGCUACGCCCUGAAGACGGUGGUGAUGCACCUCCUGAGCACCGUGCCCCUGACACAGUGGUGCAGGAAGGAUUUCUGGCGGCGAAUGACGGACACCCUCAAGUACCUCCGCUGCUCCCUGGACACAAAACAGCUCAACCACUUUGUCAUAGGCAACGAGAGGCUUCCUAUGGAGAUCAGUUUGCCCUCCGACUUCCGCGUGGCUGAAGCACCCAACCUCUUCCAGCACCUAGCCAGCAAUCCAGAUGCCCACGUGAAGGCCAUGCAGGAGUACGUUCAUCUGCUGCAUCAGCUCAAACAAAUGCUGGUCUAAGCCCUUGAAAGAGACCCUCGCGCACAGAGCUGUGCUUGUGGGGCCUCAUUUACUAUAUAUAUGUUAAU